UGCAGGCUGCUGUGCAAAGCUGGAACACUUGAUCCCAAGAAGGCAGAGGGGAAGAUCUUGGUCUGCCUCCGAGGGGGAAAUGCAAGAGUGGACAAGGGUGAGCAAGCUGCUCUGGCUGGUGCUGUUGGGAUGGUUCUUGCCAAUGAUAAGGAUUCUGGCAAUGAAAUUAUUGCUGACCCUCACAUCCUUCCUGCUUCUCAUCUCAAUUACACCAAUGGUGUCGCUAUCUUCGCUUACAUUGACUCCACUAAGUCUCCCAUUGCUUAUAUCACACCUUCAACAACGCAAAUCGGCAUAAAGCCAGCUCCCUUCAUGGCAGCAUUUUCCUCUAAAGGUCCCAACACCAUUGCUCCAGAGAUCCUCAAGCCUGAUAUCACCGCACCAGGAGUGAGUAUCAUAGCAGCCUACACAGGAGCAGAAGGACCUACAAAUGAAGAUUUCGAUACCCGACGAGUUCUGUUUAACUCGGUAUCAGGCACUUCAAUGUCAUGUCCUCAUGUUUCAGGCAUUGCUGGCCUUCUAAGAACUCUGCAUCCGACCUGGAGUCCUGCAGCAAUUAAAUCAGCAAUUAUGACUACCGCAAUGACGCAGGACAAUAACAGGGAGCCAAUUCUGAAUGCAUUCUACACCAAGGCAACUCCAUUCAGCUAUGGAGCAGGACACAUCAGAGCAAACCAAGCUAUGGAUCCAGGGCUGGUUUUUGACUUGUCUGUUUAUGAUCACCUCAACUUUCUAUGCGCCAUGAGUUAUAACGCAACCCAAAUUUUAUCAUUCUCAGAGACUCCCUACAGAUGCCCCUCCAAGGCCAUUAAUCUUGCCAAUUUCAAUUACCCUUCCAUCACCAUCUCUAAAUUCAAUCGCACGGUCACAGUCACUCGAAGAGUUAAAAAUGUUGGCAGUAGUCCAAGUACUUACAAAGCUCGUAUCAUAAAACCAAGUGGGUUUUCCAUUUCUGUUGAGCCAGAGGUGUUAAAGUUCAACAAGGUUGGGGAAGAGAAGAGCUUUAGAGUUACCCUGAAAAGCAAACAAUCGUCUGCAAGAAAGGAUUAUGUAUUUGGAGAGUUGAUUUGGUCUGAUAAUCAGCAUUAUGUUAGGAGUCCUAUUGUAGUGAAGUGGUGAAAAGCAGCCAUGAUUUAUGAAAAUAGCUG